GGGUUCAUAGUUUUCAACAACUACAAGAAUUGAACUUGACCCAAUAAAAAUGGUUAAGUGCUAUACUUUUUUUUGCUUUUAAUACACAAAUUCAAGAGAAAAAGCAAAACAACAAAAAUGAAGGGCUAAUAAAACCUCGAACAACCCAUGUUAUAGUGUUAUUGCUUUCCAUAAUUGCCAGUCUCAUGUCUUUCACCGUCAACCACUCACCUCCGUUUCUCACGAUCUUCCCCAACAAAAAACCGCCGCCGUUUCACUUUUCCUGUAACCCCAAAACCCUCCCUUUCAAAUCCCACUCCUUUCAGCCCCUUCUUGCUUCACGAAGAAUCCCCAAUUACCCUCAGGGGAUUGAUAAUCUUGUGGAUGGCCCUCGCAACUGGAGCCGUUCGAUCACUUCGGAGUUCGAUGACGAUGAAGAAGAUGACGAUGAAGAGGAAGAAGAUAGGAGCUUGGAUCUGUUUGUUAGAUUUGUUCAAAACGUAUUUAGAAAGAUAUCUAAACGAGCAAGGAAAGCCUUACGAGCUAUUUUGCCCAUCUCUAUCUCUACUAAACUGGUUGGAUUCUCUGUUGAUGGAGUUCUGAUACUGGCAUUUUUAUGGGUUUUAAAGGCAUUUCUUGAGGUGGUUUGCACCCUUGGAAGUGCUGUGUUUGUAACCAUCUUACUUAUACGGGGGAUAUGGACUGGGGUAACAUUCAUGCAAGAAAGCCGUGACCACCGUAGGAUCAAUGAACCCUUUAAUGACCCGCGCUCAUGGAAUGGUGCACAACCGGCCACUUGAAACAGUGUUAAAUACAAUUUACAGACUUAAACUGCAUCUUCAAAGAAGUUUCUUCAGCCUUGAAUAUGAAAAAGGUGACCGCUGAUCGGGUAGUCUUUCACAUAGCAUUUUCUUUAAUUGUAGAGUAACUUAUGAACACGAGUAUCGUCUCGGAGUGGCCGAGAAAUUAAAAUAAGGUGCUUUAUGGAAGGUGUAUGGAUAAACGUAACUCCAUAUGUUUAUCGAUUCAUAUGAGACAGGCAAUAAGGUAUAAAUGAGCCAUUUUUGUUGAUACUUAUGAUCCCUUGGCCAUGUAUUACAGAUAUGAGUUGUACAAGCUCCCUUAAAGUAUCACUAGAGUUUUUCUUUUAGGGUUUAGAAGAAUAAAUAAAAUACAAUUACAAAUAAAGGUUAAAUUCUACUAUAGGUCUAUGUACUUUGUGAAAGUUGUGGUUAUUUGCCCUCUUGUUUGAAA